AUGGAGAUUUCAUAUUCUGAGGGGUUUCAUUUUAUAUUCUGACUGGUCUUUACAUUUACAUGUUAGAAAGUGUAUAGCUGAAUUGUUAGCAUUUUUUGAAUAAAAACUGAAAGUCGAUUUUUUGAUUCAAUAGUCCACAGGCUUUUCAAAAAAAUUUUUCGAAGGGAGAUGAUGGCUGGCCUCGUGGCUCCGACGCCUCCUCCAGAGCAGGAAUUUGUCCCUUACACAAUGGAUGACUUUGUGAAGCUUGACAAAAUUGGAGAGGGUCAGUGUCUCAUUGUUGCUUUUCACUAUGAAGUCUAUUUGGUUUUAAACCAUUUUUCUGACUUAAAAAAAUAAUAAUUUAUUUUAGGUACAUAUGGAGUUGUUUACAAAGGCAGAAAUAAGAGGACAAACGCGAUGGUGGCCAUGAAGAAGAUUCGACUGGAAAGCGAAGAUGAAGUGUGUGAUUUAUUCAAUAUUCCAUCAAUAAAUCAUAAACCAUAAUAAGUUGUUAUUUGCGGCAAAAAAAAACAUAGGAACUCUUGAAAGGCCCUAAAUUGUUUUAACCUCUUUAUAAAAUCUACCGGUUUCAGGGCGUUCCUUCCACGGCGGUCCGAGAAAUCUCCCUCUUGAAGGAAUUGCAGCACCCUAACGUUGUCGGAUUACAAGCUGUCAUUAUGCAGGUUUUUCGAGUUUUUGUAGUUUUCAACGAAUUGAAAGAAUUUCAGGAAAGCCGCCUCUACCUUGUAUUCGAAUUCCUGUCGAUGGAUCUGAAAAAGUACAUGGAUCAGCUGAAGAACGGCGAAUAUUUGGACAGGGCCGUCGUUAAAAGCUAUUUGUUCCAGGUAUAAUCAGACUUCUUUUACAGAUCCCUUUUGAACUCACCUCAUUGUUAGUCCGAAAAUAGAUAAAAAUCGAGAAUUUUAGGAAUUGAGGGUGUUAAGAAAUUAGAAUUUUCAAAAAAAAAAGUAGGGUCAAUUUUGAAUUUUUCAGUGAACUAACUAGUAGAAACUGAGUCUAAUUCAUGAAUUUUCACCCUUCCAGCUAAAAAAUUCAAGUUUGCUUAUUUUUUUAAUUAUUCUAUUCCAUCACAUUUACGUUGCGUAAACGUUUAUGCAUGAAGUCUCAGCUCCUUAAUUUUAUUAAAGUUGGCUCUGUCUGGAAUCGGAUUUUAGAACAAAAAGGGCCGAUUUUUACAGAUCUGCCAAGCAAUGUGUUUCUGCCACCAGCGCCGCGUGAUCCACCGAGACUUGAAGCCGCAGAAUCUGCUCGUCGACACGAACGGAGCGAUCAAACUCGCCGAUUUCGGCCUCGCUCGUGCCAUCGGCAUCCCCGUUCGAGUCUACACCCACGAGGUGCUUUCCAUCUUUGAAUGAGAAAAAUUUAGUAAAUUCCUGGCAUAACCCAUACAAAAAGUUUAUUCAUAGGUAAGACUAAGUCAAGUUGAAAGAAUAAAUAAAUUGGCUAGAAUUUAAAAAACGUAAGGUGAACUUUCCGUAAGUCUCAAUCUACAUAACUUUGCAGUUUUUAAAAAGAAAAGCUGCAAGCUUAAAAGGAAUAUAUAGUUGGAUACUCGAUUCAGAAGUUUUCGGCCUUUUUUUUCAAAAGUUUAAAGUUCAAUUAUAUUGAAAUGAAUGCUCUGAACUUGAGUUUCGCAGAUAAAUAUUAGCAUCUUAUUAUUGGCCCUUUAAAAGGGAUUUUCGAAUAAAAAAGAACAUUUGAACUAUUUUCUUGUUGGCCUCACUUCCUUUUUUGCGCUUUUUAUUUGUCUUUUCAAAAAUAUGAAAAGUAAAAGAGAAAUAUAGAGAAAAACGGCAGCGAAAGUGGGAUUUUCAGUCAAAUCUGACCUCACUGAAUCAGAAACUGUUCCAUUUUUUUCGCUUGAAAAUUUCUUUGAACGCGUUAUGUGAGUUUAAAAUCGACUUGCCAGGUCGUGACACUUUGGUACCGCGCUCCGGAAAUUCUCCUGGGCGCCAACCGCUACUCGAUGAGCGUCGACAUGUGGUCGAUCGGUUGCAUUUUUGCCGAAAUGGUCACCAAAAAGCCGCUCUUCCAGGGCGAUUCUGAGAUCGACGAGCUCUUCAGAAUUUUCAGGUUUCUAUCUAGUGAAAUAUUUCGAUAAAUUAAAAUUUGAAGAGUUCUCGGAACGCCGACGGAGCUCGAGUGGAACGGCGUGACGUCCUUCCCCGACUACAAGCCGAGUUUCCCGAAAUGGCGCGAGAAUAACCUCGCCGAGAAGUUCAACGACAAGAAGGGCAACUCGUUGAUCGGCGAUCAGGGUCUGGACCUACUGCAGGUCUGUUUUUUUUUAUCAAUCAUCGAUCGUUGAGAAGUAGAUUUUUUUAUUUUUUGCUUUAUAGAAGAUUGAAAAAAAAAAAUUCAAAAAUUUUUUUUUAAAUUUGAAUAUUUCAUUGCUGAGUGAUGGUUUUAGGGGCUUCAUAGCCUUUUUACUUCAUUUUUUCCGAAGAACUAACUGCUUUUGAAAAAAAUCAUGUUCGAAAAAGUUCUAUCGGUUUUUAAAGAGACUAGUAAUGAGGAAUUUCCAACACUUUAAAAUUUUUGGAACUAGUAUUUUUUUUCUAUGCUGAAUGAUCAUUUCGAUGUGUGAUAAUUUAUUUUAUUUGGCGUUUUCUCACAAGUUUCACUUAGGAGAUUGAAAAAUUUGAAGAAAACGAUAGAAAAAAAGUUCCACAAUAAACAAAGUUUUUUUAAUAGCGAUUUUUUUCAAUAAUUUGACAUAUCCCUUUUUUUCUAGGCGUUCCUGAUUUAUGACCCUUCGGUUCGAAUGAGUUCCCGCAAAGCGCUCACCCAUCCUUAUUUCUCGGAUGUAAGUUGAUUUUUUCUUGAUUUUCACGCCCAAUCCAUGAUUCAUAAUUUUAUUCAUCCUUAUUUUUAAAGGUUGAUACGGCGACCCUGCCAGCUGGUAACUACCGCGGUGAGCUUCAACUCGAUUAA